AUGGCAUGGAUAACCAGGCUUCCCAGGAACUCGAUCGACUCAUUCGAGGACCUGGCUCGGACUUUCCGACUGAACUUUGCAACAAGUAAGGCACAUCCAAUGUCGGCCUAUGCUUUCGGAAGAAUCCGACAAAAAGAGAACGAAUCAUUGAGGAAAUACCUCGAUAGAUUUAAAGAUGCUGCCCUCAAGGUUCAGAAUUUAACUGAACCGGUACACCUGCAUCUGAUCAUCUCGGGAUUAGAUGGCGAAUCUCCACUUGCAAUGUCAAUCUAUAAGAACCCGGUCAAUGACCUGGAGGAGUUCAGGAGAAGGUCGGACAAGUACAUUGACAUGGAAGACAUACAGAAGGCUUACGGAGAUACCAGAGGACGAAACCCGAAUCGCAGGAGUCCGAGUAAGAAAAACAAAGAUCGGGAUCAGCGGGGGUCGAAGAAGGGAAACGACACUCGUGACAAGAGAUCGGAUGACCGAUCUCCAAGGAGCAAGUAUGACAAUUACAUGCCUUUGAACAUGUCCAGAUCUCGGAUAUGGAAAGAGGUGGCUCAAACAGAAAUGUGUAACGUCGAGAGAUCUCGACCCCUCAAGAGCAAGAGUGGAUUGGACAGAAAUAAGUACUGCGCCUUUCAUGACCAGAACGGUCACAUCACGGAUGACUGCUGGGACCUCUGA